GGUAUCACUGAGUGGGAUUAACCUAACCUAUAAAAUAUAAAAUCAGGUUAGAAAAAUAAACUUUUGAUGAUUUGUACGUUAUUGAAAAGAACUAUGUCUCAAAGCAUUGGUAAUAGAAUUCUUAAUAAUGCUGAAAUAGCUGAAAAGAAACUAGCAGAACUAAGAACAAAGCUAGACGAAGUUAAGAGAAUCAAGAUCGAGGCAAAAAUAAAGGCACUUACAGAGGAGAACAAAGAUUUAGUGGCCAAAGUGGAAUCUGCUAAAGCUAAUUUAAUAAGAUUGGAAACGCUGAAUGGCAAGAAGCAAUACUCAAUACCGGGGAAAGAGUCAAUACCACCUGUUGAAAGUGUCAAAACAGAGGAUGCUCCAAUUAAAUCUGAAAAACAAGCAGCUCCUAAGAAGGUAAAGGAUGCUGUUAAAAAGCCCAAGGAGAAAUCAGAGCCGGCUAGUGAUUCCGUCAUGGAUGUUAGAAAGUUAGAUUUCAGAAUUGGAAAAAUAAUUGAUGUGAACAAACAUCCUGAUGCUGACUCUCUGUAUGUAGAGAAAAUUGAUUGUGGAGAGGAAAAACCUCGAACUGUGGUGUCAGGUCUUGUAAAUCAUGUACCAUUAGAAGAAAUGCGUGACAGGAUUGUCAUGAUAUUAGCUAACUUAAAACCAGUAAAGAUGAGGGGAGUAACUUCAGAAGCAAUGGUAAUGUGUGCCUCGUCCCCUGAUAAAGUUGAAAUUCUUAUACCACCCCAAGGAGCAGCACCUGGUGAUUUGGUGGAAUGUGAAGGUUACCCUCGUGAGCCAGAAGCUAUACUUAAUCCUAAGAAAAAAAUAUUUGAAACAUGUGCACCAGACCUCCUAACAAAUGAUGACAAAGUUGCAUGCUAUAAAGGAGCUCCUUUAGUUGUCCCUGGUAAAGGAGCAAUAGUAGCACCAACAUUGAAAGGAGUUAGUGUUAAAUAAAAGUUUGAAUACUUACUACUAUUGUAAAAAAAAAUGCAAGAUUUUAAUGGCCAUAGUUUUAUGAUAUUUCUCUGCCAAGCAUUUUGGAUUUGCCCAAGUUUUUUAUUUUUAUCUUUAACUUCAGACUAGAUAUUGUAAAUCGAAAUUGUAUGACCACUUGGUUUUACCUCUUUUAAUAUAAUUAUAAAUAUUAGUACCUUUUUGUUGUUAUGUGAUCAGUUGGCGAUAAAACAGUUUUUUUUUUAAAUUAUUUAGAGUUACAAAACUAAAUAUGUAUUAAAAGUGAGUUUUAAAUACACUUUGUU